AAGGAGGACAAUGGACAGAGAUGUACUCAUCUAACUUGAACCUGUCUCUCAGUUGAGUGUGUUGGCGGAUCAGGUUGAAGCUCAAGGUGAGAAGAUCAGAGAUUUGCAGAGUUCUCUUGAGGAAUAUCAACACAAGCUCAACUCCACUGAGGAGAUGUUUCAACCGGCAGAGAUCAUGAGUUUACAGCAGUUGUUGAGCUGUAAGAAUGCUGAGAUCGAGAAUUUACAGGCUCAGCUGCUCUGCAGAACUCCAGUGUCUGUGGACAGUACAGAGAGAGAUCUUUGAGCCUUGCUUUAGCUCUGAGACAUUGGCCAUGCUCCUGAACAUCCCUCCACAGAAGACCCUCCUCAGACGCCACCUUGCCACCAACUUCAGCACACUGGUGGGUCCGCAAGCACAACAGGAGAAACGGGAGUUUGCCAGUACCAACAGGCAUGCAACCCUCACCAUUACUGCCAAAGUCAGGCCAAAGAAACUGGGCUUUACCCACUUCAGACAGCUAAGGAAGCUCAGGACAGUUGAUUCAGCAGAUUAUAUCUGCCCUAUGGAGACAGGAACUCCAGUCCUGAGUGCAACACCAAAGCAGACCUACUCAGGCUUCAGGGGUAUGAGCCCCGUUCUGGACAAAGACUCAGACAAACUGGAGCAAGUCGGGGCAAAGAGUUGAUUCGCUGCAUUUUCAACCAAUCAUAGCCAAACAACAGCAACUGCAUGUUGAGGAAGCUAACAACAUGCAUCGAGAGAGGCUUGAAUUGAUUCUCAAGCAUAUCACCUGGAUAUGCUGCAUAUGACUUAUGAUUUCCAUUCAGAAGUGAUGGAUAUUAUUAUUGAAUUGGCUUUGGAAAGCUGAAAUGCCAAAAUAUAUCCUGAAAUACUUUAUGUUUGUUGCUGUAAUCUGCAAUUCCAAAUACAUUAUUUUAUUACUUUUAACAAAUAAAUUAUACCUAUC